ACGGCAGCGCCCGCCGGCGGGAGGCGGGCGGAGGAAGGAGCGGGGCAGUCCACGUGGGGCAGCGGCCGAGCGCGGCCCGGCGGCGCCAUGAAGCGGCCGAAGCUGAGGAAGGCGAGCAAGAGGCUGACGUGCCACAAGCGCUACAAGAUCCAGAAGAAGAUCAGAGAACACCACCGAAAAGUCAGGAAGGAGGCCAAAAAACGUGGACGCAAAAAGCCCAAGAAAGAUCCUGGUGUUCCCAGCACUGCACCAUUUAAGGAACAGCUUCUACGGGAAGCAGAGCAAAGAAAGCAGAGGCUUGAAGAACUAAAACAAAAGCAGAAGCUCAACAGACAGAAAGAACAUGAAAAGAAGAGGAAGCUUGAAGCUAAGAAGAAUGCCAAAAUUAAGGAAAAAGCAGAGGGAAAGGAAUCCUCUGGAAAAUCUAAAGCAAAAGCUAACAAAUGGCUGGAUAAAAAUUCAAAGGAAUCGUUCUGCAGGGAGCUCGGGAAGGUGAUUGAGGCCUCAGAUGUGGUUCUAGAGGUUUUAGAUGCAAGAGAUCCAAUGGGCUGCCGGUGUCCUCAACUGGAGGAAGCUGUAACUUGCUCUGGAGGAGGCAAAAAGCUAGUGUUGGUUCUGAACAAAAUUGAUUUAGUGCCAAAGGAGAACUUAGAGAAAUGGUUGAAUUAUUUGAAGAAGGAGUUUCCAACAGUUGCUUUUAAAUCGGCAACGCUGAUGAAAGACAAGACUCUGCAGGAGCUGCCCACAAAGAGACGUGCACGUGUUGAUGUAUCAAGAACCAGUGAAUGUCUUGGAACCAAAUGCCUCUUGAAAAUUCUUCAAGAGUAUGGCAAGACUCUAAACAAAGCCAUUCAAGUUGGGGUAGUAGGUUUCCCUAAUGUGGGAAAGAGCAGCAUAAUCAACAGUCUUAAAGGAGCUCGUGCUUGCAAUGUUGGCCUAACAAGAGGUGUUACCAAGUCCAUGCAAAUUGUGCACACUGAUAAACACACAAAGAUGUUGGACAGUCCGAGUAUAAUUGCAGAUCCUUCCAACAGUGCCCUGGCUCUGGCCUUGAGAAGUAUCAUAGACACUGAAGAAUCAGACUCAGCAGAUCUGCUUGAAGGAAUACAUGCCAUUCUAAGUCACUGCAAUAAACAGCAGGUAAUUAUGCGCUAUAGCAUCCCCGAUUUUGAGAACACUGAAGAGUUUUUAGCUUUACUGGCUCAGAAAAGGGGUAUGCUGAAAAAGGGAGGUGUUCCUGACAUAGAGAAUAUCACUAAAGUACUUCUUUGUGACUGGACAGGAGCUAGAAUAAGCUACUACUCACAACCUCCAGAAUCUCAGACACUGCCACCAUAUCUUACAGAAGACAAAAUAGCCGAAAUGCAAGAGUGCUUUAAUUUAAAGAACCUAGAAGAAGAAAAUAACAACACUGUUCAAGCUUUAAAAUGUCCCAGUCCAGCAAACAGCAUCAUUUUCCAGUCAGCUGGUAUGGCAAAUGGGACAAUAGUGAUAGAGGAAGAAUCAGAGUGGGAAAACUUGGAAACAAGCAAGGAGGAGGAAACGGAGGAGGAAGAAGAGGAGAAUUUCACAGAAAGUGAUGAUGAUCCAGACAAUUUGGAAGAAGAAAUGGAUGUCGAAGAGAAAAGCAAAGUUCAGGUCACCAGGAAAACAAAGCUUGAAAACCAAACAAGUCCUACAAAUUCAGAAAACCAAAUAGCAGAAAGCGAACAUUCCAAUUCACUAUUGCUCAACUUGGAUAAGACAGCAGAUGAAGAUGAUGCCUACGAUUUUAAUACAGACUAUGUGUAAUGAAUUAUGUAUGAAGACAUUGUUUGGAGACUCAUUACUGGCUUUCAGAACAGUCAUGAAGACUUGUGUGGUGGCAGAAGUCAGAGGAAUGCUGCAUAGUAGAGCUGCUGCAAAGAUUCACAAUUAUUGCUGUGUCAAAUAAUGUAUAUAAUAGUGUAUCUCCCUUGAAGAUUCCAGAUUUUACAGAAGGCUAGGAAACUGACUGUAUGCAUCUUCAUUUCCUGUAUUAAAGCCUAUUUUAAAAAUUCCUA